UCUCGCAAACCGUCAAGAUGAAGCAGUCCACUGUGUGCCUUCUCCUUGUCGUCCUCCUGUGCUCGUCCGCCGUCGCCGAUGCCUUGGUUUAUGUUUACGCGUCGACGUGUACCAGAUGCAAAAGCUUCGGUGCUUCGUACUGCGGCUACGGUACGCCACGCAAGGGAGUUUCCUGCGACGGGCAGACUAAAAUUGGAAGCUGCGAUGACUGCAAACGAUACGGCGGGCGCUGCGAGGUAACUGGAAUAACGGAAUGUUAUGUGUGA